CGCCCCCCCCCGGCGGUGUGGGCGCCUUCAGGGCACGGGGGGGGGCUGGUGUGUGGGGGGGUCUAUUGGUUUUUGCCAGGCCUCGUUGCCAGCGGAAGGAAAUCACUGCCGGACCCAAAGGAGGAAGUGACCGAGCUGGACAUGGAGAGGCAGCGAGUCCCGCAGUACACCGGGGUUACUCGGGAUCGUUUUUUGCAGGACGUCUAUCCUCUGAGAAAGCCUGCGGUACUGAAAGGAAUAGAUCUGGGCCCUUGUGUGACCAAAUGGACAGUAGAUUACCUUUGUCAAGCAUCAGGAAAAAAAGAAGUAAAGGUUCAUGUUUCCACUGUGCCACAGAUGAACUUCCUUAGUAAGAACUUUGUGUAUAGAACGUUGCCUUUUGAUGUAUUUGUAAAGAGAGCAGCUGAAAUCAAACAUUUGGAUUAUUUUCUUUCUGAGGAUGAAAAGUAUUAUUUACGAUCACUGGGAGAUGAUCCUCGAAAGGAUAUUGCAGAUCUGAGAAAGCAGUUUCCUUUAUUGGCAGAUGACAUUCAGAUUCCAGAAUACUUCAAUAAGGAACAGUUUUUCUCUACUGUCUUCCGCAUAAGUUCAGAAGGUCUACAACUUUGGACACACUAUGAUAUAAUGGAUAACUUCUUAAUUCAGGUGACGGGAAAGAAACGAGUUGUACUGUUCAGUCCCCGUGAUGCACCAUAUUUAUAUUUAUCAGGCACAAAGUCUGAGGUACUAGAUGUGGAUAAACCAAAUAUGAAGAAAUAUCCUCUUUUUAUCAAAGCUAGACGUUAUGAAUGUCAACUGGAAGCAGGAGAUGUCUUAUUCAUUCCUGCCUUGUGGUUCCAUAAUGUGACUUCUGAGGAAUUUGGAGUUGGAGUCAAUGUUUUCUGGAAGCAGCUUCCUUCUGAAUACUAUGAUAAAACAGAUACGUAUGGAAACAAAGAUCUCACUGCAGCCUCAAGAGCAAUACAGAUUUUGGCUAGAGCGCUAAAAACCCUGGAAGAACUUCCUGAGGAAUACAGAGACUUCUAUGACUGAUCCUGAAUGAUUCCAGAUACUUGACCCUUCCUCCUGGCCAGGACAGCCUCUCUCCAACUGAUAUGUCCAGUAAAGUAUCAGUACAAUCUAAGCUACUGAUUGGAAGCAAAAUGUGUAACUGGAAGAUACAGUAUUUAUUUUUUCAUGCUUAGAAAAUUAAUUUAGUAUUUAAAAAUAAAUCUCUAAAUUACAUCUACUCAAAAGAUUAGUACUGAACAAUAUACUCUGCAUUUUAGUAAACAUCAAAACAUUUUAUUGAACUGAAUAUAUAUUUUUAAAAAGCUUAUCUUUAACAUGAUACUACUUUCAAUUUUCUUAUCCAAUGGUCUUCCAAUUCUCUAUAGAAACAAAAGUAAGUAUCUUAGCUCCAUUCAGGAAAAUAAAGUUCAAUUUAUGUCAGUAUCUACUUUAAGAAAAAUACAAAGCUUAUUUAUAAAAUGAGCUUUCAAAGGUAAAGAAUGUAUGUCACAUUGAAAAUAUUUAUUGGCACAGAAAAUUCAGUAUAUCUUUAUACUGUGAGAGAGUUAAUGAGCUAUAGUGAAGGCAUGCAAUAUACUAUUUCCCUCUUACUUCAGCCCCAAAUCUUUCCCAAUCCUCAAGAGGGAAUUUGGGAAACGGAACUCACUUGAUUGUUAGACAUCAUUUCAGUAAAUAGAUACAAUAUCCUAAUUGUAGAUGGAAUUAAUUUUCUCCAGAAUACUCUAAGACUCACCUAUUUUUCUGGC